AUGACUAUGUUGCUAGAUACUUUCUGGCUUGAGCUUGACAAUUUCGCCAAACUCUGGCAAUAUGUCUGUACCACAUACCCAUAUGGCCUUGUUGAAUCGAUAGUAGGGACAGUGGUCCUCACUAUCGGUUUCGUGGUCCCAGCCACUAUGUAUCUGGUGAUGGAUCAAUUUCCAAGCUUUGCCAAAGCACGCAAGAUUCAGCCAUGGGAGAAACAGCCGACGCCAGAAAAGACUCGCCAGGCCAUUAUCUACUCGCUUUUGAACUACUUCUACACCUGUGCCACCGUGUUCGGCUACCACUGGCUACUUGGCUGGCGCACCUCGACCUACCGGUUCGAACCCGAGCUACCCACUCCCCUCGGCUUUGUCACCGAAUUUGCAUGCGGAAUAGCUCUUCGAGAAGUCAUCUUCUACUAUAUCCAUCGCUUGCUUCACCACAAGUGGUUUUUCUGGAUUCACCAGAAACACCAUGAGUUCAACACGCCUAUCGGGUUUGCAGCGAUAUACUGCCACCCGAUUGAAAUGCUGGUUCAGAAUGGCCUUCCCAUCGCUCUACCUCUAGCGAUAUGUCGUGGUCAUUUCAUCACACAGAUGCUUUUUGCUACCUAUGCUGUAUGGGACGCUACGGCGGCGCACAGUGGUUACACCUUUGGUCGGCUUCCUACGCCAGAGCUUCAUGACUUGCAUCAUGAGAAACCCCUUCAACACUAUGGCGUGGUUGGCUUCAUGGACACGCUGCAUGGUACUGACCGGUCACCAAUGAGGCCGUCUCGAUUGAAGUGA